CGGCGGGUCUGGAAGACUUUACCUAGCUGUAUCACACGCCAAGUGCGCUCUUGGUCGCCGAAGUCUUCAUUUUUCCUUCUAGAUCAAAUUUUCCUCCAUCGCGUUCGGAUGUCGCAGCCUGCCUCAUGAUAGAAGUGACAGCAAGAUCAUCUCAAUCCUCCCCACCGCCACCAUUUGUGAAGAGAGCAAGGCAUGCCCCCUCCAGGUGGAGGUAAGAGGAAGAGAGGGGAUCGCACAUACUCUGACGAUCAACAAUAUUCACGUCCUUCGCCGCAUCGCCCAGGAAGUCUCAACUUAGCCCAGCAGGGCAACUUCCACUCACCGAGCAAUGAGCGCGACUAUACGCAGUCGCGAGGCAGAGGUGGAAGAAGAUCCAGUAGGGGUGGUCGAGGUGGUGCCAGCGCGUCUAGCCCGGUCAACAAUACCGACGAGAGCGCCGCCACGACUGUAAAGGCGCCCUCCGCAGACAAAGAGUUGAGCAGUAUGAACGGCAUCAUGUCUACGACCCAGGCUCCUACGCCUUCCGUUGCUACGUUGACGAGCCCUCCUGCCGAGACUCAGCCCUACAGUUACACUUAUUUCACGGUCGAAGUCUGCGAUUCGUGGCAGACCGGCGGGAUGGAGGAUGUCUUACGGCAGGGCCUGGCCGCACUACAGGAGCAUGACACAGCCAAAAGCUCCGCCAUAAUGCAGGAACUAUGCCACUCCGUUAUCUACGGACGACUAGACCCCUUCGAUGCCGGCAAGUUGGUGAAAACAAUGAUCGAAACAGAGGCUCCUGCGAAAGGCGCCCAGGCUGCGUCCAGGCCGACACCCCUUCAGACCGUACUCCUCGACUCAAUAUCCAUCAUCUUCGAAGCCACGUCCAACCUCCCCACCGAUCGCUUGUCUGCCUUCCUGCUUACCGCAGAGAUUCCCUAUGAACUACUUCGCCUGGAGUUGGACGCACCUCUGCUCGAAAAAUUGGACUUGAUAAGAAACACGUUCAGUCGCAUGAAUAUCAGAAAGCAGACCAACUUGCUAUACCGUCAAGCCAAUUUCAAUCUGAUGCGAGAAGAGUCUGAAGGGUUUGCUAAGUUGAUGACUGAGCUGUUCACCACGAGCGGAAAUGAGCCUCCCACCGCCGAAAUUGUUGAAGAAACGGUCGAAAAGGUCAAAGCAAUGAUUGGAGCCUUUGACCUCGAUGUCGGCCGGAGUCUUGACGUCGUUCUUGAUGUCUUUGGUGCGGUCCUUGUCAAACAGUUUCGAUUCUUUGUCAAGUUUCUCCGUGCUAGUCCCUGGUGGCCUCGGCCUGCGCUCCAUUCCAAAAACAAUCCUUCCCUGGCUGGUCUCCCUCUGUGGGCGCUUCCGGGCUCUUCUGAUUGGCAUCUAACAGAGGAGCAAAAGGACAUGGUUGCUGCACAAACUCAGGCACGUGACGAAGACUUCUGGCCUCAGGCACGGGAAAAAGGCCUACAAGCAUUUCACCUCCUCGGCCGAACAGGAGUCACCCAAGAGCAGAUGAUUUCGGCAUCUGCAGCCUCUGGCGACGAUCUUUUGGCGCAGUGGAUACGAGAGACCGGGAUUGUACCACCACCAGGAAAUCGUGACGCUGCACAGCUCCUCGGUUUCAAACUCCGCUUCUAUUCGUCUUCUCCAGCACGCGACGAGACGGAUGUGCUUCCUGACAACCUCAUCUAUCUGUCCGCUCUUCUGAUCAAAAUUGGGUUCAUCUCUCUGAAAGACCUGUACCCUCACAUCUGGAGAAGUGACGAAGAAAUGGAGGAGCUGAAACAACAAAAGACAAAGGAAAAGGCUGAGAGAGAACGGGCUGCAAGGCCUGGCGCAGGUGCAAAAAAUGCAUUGUUGAUGGCCGGUGCUCUUGCAGAUGAUACAGCGCCUGUUCCUGCCCGCCUGAAAGAUUCAACUACUCGCGCCAGUACUCCGUCCAGAGAAGCUGACACCGAGAAAGUCGCUCCGAGGGACGCAAACGAGCCAGCGGAUCAAAAGGUCCUUUUGCUGAAAAGUCUCCUCGCCAUUGGAGCACUUCCUGAGGCUCUGUUCAUUUUAGGCCGAUUUCCUUGGUUGAUGGACCUCUUUCCAGAUCUCCCGGAAUAUGUUCACCGCAUCUUGCACCACUGCCUAGGCAAAGUCUAUGGCGAUAUUCAGCCGUUGCGAGAUCGUCACACUCUGCGUGCACGAAACCCCAGCUACGAGACUGAUGUACCUGGCUUUCAAAAGGGCCAAGUGAAGAUUGUCGAUACACCAGAGCGGAAACUUCUCAGAUGGGCCUUGCUUGACCGCAAUGACAGUGUGGAUGGAACUGAUUAUCGCUUCUACUGGGACGAGUGGAAUGACAACAUUCCAGUCUGUCAGUCGGUCGACGAUGUCUUUACACUCUGUGAGACUCUCCUACCUUUAGUGGGUGUGAAAAUCGGUCACGAUCCUGGCCUGCUCCUUAAGAUCGCCCGCAUCGGCAAACACAGUCUGCAGGCCGAUCGGUCGGAGCGCAAUCGCUCGCGCUGGUUGGAUCUGAGUAAACGCAUUCUGCUGCCCUCACUCAGUUUGACAAAGUCCAACGCAGGAGUGGUCAAUGAGGUCUUUGAACUGAUCAGCAACUUCCCAGUUAGUGUACGGUACUUGAUGUAUCUGGAGUGGCUUUCUGGAAGAACGUCUCGAAACCCGGAUAUCAAAGCGGCUUUCGAUCAAGCGCGGGCGGAGACAAAAGACAUCUUGAAGCGUAUUUCCAACACGAAUGUACGGCCAAUGGCUCGAGCUCUUGCCAAAAUUGCAUUCGCCAAUCCUCAUAUCGUCAUCACCACUGCUCUGACUCAAAUCGAGGUGUACGACAGCAUUGCAGAAGUCUUUGUAGAAGGCGCCCGGUACUUCACUGACCUUGGGUACGAUGUCCUCACUUGGGCAAUCGUUAGCUCGAUGGCAAAGGCCGGAAGAAGUCGUACCCAAGAGGGCGGCAUGUUCACCAGCCGCUGGCUUUCGGCUCUCGCUCAUUUCGCUGGCAAGAUCUACAAACGGUACGGCAUGAUGAGGCCGGGCCCGAUUUUGCAGUAUGUUGUGGAGCAGCUUGAACACGGCAACACAACAGAUCUCAAAAUGUUGGAGCAAAUCGUUCUCGCCAUGGGUGGAAUUGCAACGGACACAAAUUACAAUGACGCACAAUUACAAGCAAUGGGCGGUGGUCCAUUGCUGCAAUCUCAGACAAUACUCCAACUCCUUGACCGGCGUCAUGAUUCGAAAAAGACCUCGGAACGACUGGUGAAAUCACUUCAAGACACUGGGCUGGCAGCCAAGUUCUUGAUAUCCAUGGCUCAACAACGGCAGGUUUGUGUGUUUGAGGAGGGUGACGUGCCACUGAAGGCUAUCGGAAAUACCUACGAUGAAGUACAUCGAGUGAUGAUCCAGUACCUCGACUUGCUGCGUACUAACCUCUCCGCCGAAGAUUUCAGGUCAACCAUACCUGAUGUGGUCAGUCUCCUUGUUGACUAUGAGAUUCGCCCUGAAAUCGCAUUCUGGAUUAGUCGACCGACCAUCUCAAAGCAAAUUGUCGAGUUCGACAGGGAGAAUGCCAAAGAUCAGCGGGCUGACGAUAUCGGAGAGAAGGCAGUCGGUGGCGACGUCGAAAUGUCAGAUCAUAUCAACGGCGGCUCGGAAGAGGACGGCGAAGCUGUCGAGACCGAUAUUGCGGCUGGCGGUCCAUCGAGCGAAGUCGAUUUCAAUGGUCCGAGUCUCGAUCCAGACUCAAGUUGUAAGACUCCUGGCCCUUCCGACACACCCGCAGAAAAUUGUUGGCAUCCUGUUAUGCGAGACGUGAUGACAGCCAUCCAGCCAUCAUUACCCGAGGAGGUGGUUGAGCAAAUUGGCACUGGCUUCUACGCCACCUUCUGGCAACUUUCGCUAUAUGACAUUACAAUCCCAGGCAAAUCAUACGAGGAUGAGCUGUCCCGACAACACAAGAAGAUCGCUGCCAUCUCCGCAGAUCGCUCGGACGUGAGCGUGUCCGGCACGAAGAAGAAAGAACUUGCAAAGAAGGAGAUCGCGGAUCUUAUCGAUAAGCUGCUAGCCGAGAACAAGCAACAUCUGAAGGCAUUUGCUGAAAGCAAGGCCCGACUUCAGCGCGAAAAGGAUCAAUGGUUCCUUGGAAUGGCCAGAAGGGACAAGGACCUUAACACGGCCUUGAUCGAGCACUGUUUUCUUCCUCGGCUCCUUUCCUCGCCACUGGAUGCCUACUUCUGCUUCAAGUUUGUCAAGUUCUUGCACGGAGCUGGAACACCCAACUUCAGGACGCUUGGUUUUUACGACUUGAUUUUCAAGACGCCACGGCUCGUAUCGCUGGUAUUCACGUGCACUUCCAAAGAGGCAGACAAUCUCGGAAGAUUUCUCAACGAGGUGCUCAAAGAUCUCUCUCGCUGGCACAGCGCCAAAACAACUUAUGAAAGAGAAGCUUGGGGUAGCAAGAAAAAUCUGCCCGGUUUCGCCAUGAAGGUGGAGAGUGGAAAGGUAGUCUCUCUGCUGGAUUUCGAGAGUUUCCGCAGAGUGCUUUAUAAAUGGCACGGCAGUCUAUAUGCAGCAUUGCAGAGGUGCCUGGGUUCCCCAGAGUACAUGCACGUUCGGAACGCAAUUUCGGUGUUACGAGCUAUCUCGGCCGUCUACCCAGUUAUCAAUGUCCAUGGAACAGGACUUCAAAAAGCUGUUGAUAAGCUCCGCGAUUCAGACAAGGAAGAUUUGAAGGUCUCAUCCCAGGCUUUGCUUGGCGCGCUACAUAGGAGGGAGAAAGUAUGGAUUGAUCCACAAGCGUUUCGACAAGGUUCGGACAAGGUUGGAGAGCAAGGUCAGGCAUCCUCCCAAUCAAAGACCGAAGCCUCCCGCAAUGCGUCGGACACGCCGAUCAAGAAUGGCGAGGAUGGUGAAGUCAAGGAUACCGUCAUGACAGAUGCUUCUACCAAGGAAGACGACAUGCCACUCGGCGGCAAGAAGGACACGCAAGUUGGAGGCGCGACCUCUGCGCCGUCAGCGGAGGCCUCGAGACCAGCAUCUCGACCAGCGUCACGAUUGGCAGCACCCAACGGUUCUUCUACGCCUACUAGGCCGGGUCCGGACACGAAUUCGACCGCCAAGCAAGACGGUAGGCCAAUUCGUCCUGAAGCAGGUAGACCUCAGAGUCUCCCAAGACGUGUGUCACCACCACCAUCACGCCCGCUUCCAGCAACCCUACCCAGUCGACCAGACCUCCCUGAUCUCCGCACGGGCAGCCGAGAAAGUCCCCGUACAUCGUCAAGACUGCAGAAUGAUCCCCACAGACCAAGUCCUGACCCUCGAGUGAGCCAUAGUCGGGAUGCGAGGUCCGGUUACAGAGGACCAGAGCCGCCCGUUGAGGCAUUUGACCGUCACGCUCGGAGGUACGAGAGGCCGGAUGGGCCCCCGCAAAUGGGCCGUGAGGAACGUGGAUACAGUCGAGAAUCAGAAAGAAGCAAACCGUAUGAUCGACCCUUGCCACCAGAGAGAGAACGACCACCGACCCGUCUGCCACCAGUCUCUGAUCGCGGCCGAGAUGGUCGAGACCGCGAGUCAACACCUAGAUCACGGCCGGCAAUACCUUCUGAGCCAGGAACAUCGAGCACCCAGGCCCCUCCGAGAAAAGAAGCCGAUCAAGCGACUCCGAAGGAAGGAUCAGCGACGCCGUCCUCGCAGCCUGCGAUCAAUCCGGCCCGCGCAGCCUUGAUCGAGGGUGGCUCCGACCAACGUUCGGCCUCAGCAACGCGAGGACCCGGGGCAGAUAGAUCCUCAAGAUCCUCGCGUCCUACCUCUCCUCGUAGAGAGGAAGAUAGACGGCCUCAUUCACGUCGUGAUGGAGAUGAACGGCCUCCUCCUAACCACCGAUCAGAGCCACCUUCAACACGACCGCCGCCGCAUUCAUCUUCAGCGACGGAGCCUUCUUUCGGGCCAAGCUCUCGUUCCAGCGGGCAUGCAGGAUUUAAGAGAGAUUCCAGACAAGCACCGCCGAUUGACAUGCAACAUGGCCGGCUCGAGCGAGAACAUCAACCACAGCGGUCUGCAAGCUCACGCGGUCCUGAGCAACAGCAGGAUUCCGACGUUCCGUCUGGCCCUCGUAGUAGAGCAGCACCCGGAGGGCCACCGCCAAUGAGGGCGCCACCGUUGAACACACAAAACCUUCCCAGCUCUGGUAAUGAAAGACCAACUCCCACUGGACCCUCGAGGCGACACGGUCGGACGAGUUCGUACAAUGAACAAGCGUCCUCACCAGGCACGUCUUCAGAUCCUGCUGGUAUUCAUCCAUCUCGCUUGAAUCAGAUUGAGUCUGCGACGCCUGAGACACCAAAAUCUACUCUGCCGCCGCAGUCGCCACAGCAGAGUCAUCCUCCAUCAGGACCCAGAGGUAAUGCUCCCCCUGGUGCCCCGUCAGGACCUUCGCCAGCAUCCAGAGGUCCGCCUUCCGGACCUCAUGGGUCGGAUCUGGGAGGCCGUUCUGGACGUAAUAACCGCCACCCGCUGACGGCUGUCAACAAUACACUCGCUCAAGCUGGUACAUCAAUCCGCGGACGGGGCAUGAGGCAAGGUGGAGAAUCUUUCGGUAUGCCUUCUGGCAUGGCACCUCCGCCUCCGCCGCCGCCGCCUGCUGGCCCUCCAGCAAACCACAACUCAAGCUCAAAUGGGUUCUUUCCACAAAAAGAUCUCUUCCCGACUCAGAACCCCAAUGAUGUACCUGUUGGCGCGCGACCAGCUCCUUCGCGGCAUGACAGCAAUAGAGAUCGCAGAGCCGAGCUUAUGGAGGAACGGGGGUCUGAAAGAAGAUCAUCUCGGCAUACUAGUCGGCACGAUGAUACGCGCGGAGAUCGAGACCAUCGAGGCGAGAGGGAGAGCAGAGAUGGUCGAGAUGACAAGCAGGCUGCGGGUGACUCCGCCAGAAAGGACGACAGGCCAGCUCGAAGGGAGCAGUAUUCCCAAGAAGGCAGUGACAGGAGAGGAGGUUAUGCAAGGUCUGGACCACCUAGGGAUGAUCAACAAUCCUCGAGAAAGCAUGGUAGAAGUGAAGAGGCUCCAUCACAUGGCGGAGGACCUGGACAAGGCAUGGGCGGUAGAGGUGGUGCUAGAAUUGCCAGUGAAAGCAAGCGACCUAGACGUGGACCAUGAUCUUCUGGAGGAUGGAGCUGAGAGACUUCGAUAGGAUGGAAUGUGGAUGACAUCGAUGGGAAGGCAAGGCUGAGGCUCUGGCACAAUGCCGACGAAAGGAUCUUGCCAGCUCUUGUUCAGAGCGAUAAAAUUCUAGGCAAAUUGUCUUAUUACACUCAAAAUGAUGAACAGAUCUCAU